UUUUACUGUGCUGGUCACCUUAGCAGGGAAGUGCAUCCAAAUCAUUCUGCAUACAGGUCUACAUACAAAACUGGAAAAAUCAUGAAAAUAGUGUAAAAUGUGGAAUUAAAGAGGAUUUGGCAACCGGAUUUAGCGCUUAGUUUCGUUUCGUGCUACAAGCUGCAUCAUCAGUAGGCGCGUGCUUCAGUGAUUCUGACUCUUUACAGUGAACGGCUCAGCUCACCAAAAAGAGUCGACUCUUUUAGCUCUCAAACGACUCAUUGGCUGUGUCCGAAUAUCCCUACUCCCCUACUAUACAGUAGGCGAAAAGCACUACUCCAGAUGAUUAGUAUGUCCGAAUUCUCAGUAUUCAUAAAACAGUCGGCGAGAAAUACCCUGAUCACCUUUCACCUAUUAAUGUUCACCUAAAAGAGCCGACUCAAAGAGUCGACUCUCUCGCGAACGACUCAUCAUUAAAUAUCCGUGUUUUGUUGCUUUAGCCGUAAGGAUAAUUAAUAAUGGCGGACGAAGCCAGUGUUAUUGCAGUAAUCUGCGCUAAUCUCGGAUGUGUGGAGUACGAUGACCUUCUGCAGAUGGCAGCAGUGGAAGAUUUAGAAAAUAUUAUCAAGAACAGGGACAUUUUCACUGUUAUACAGCAAAACAAGAGCAAAAAAAUCCUCGUCACUACUAGUAUCAGACGCUGCAGAGCAAGAGAGUGCCAGGAGAGUUGUUCAGAUCUGCAUCUCUGUAAGUUUGACCUGUUGGGACAAUGCAACACACAAAGGUGUAAAUAUGGCCACAGUCUGGAGGCGGAGCACAAUUCCAGACUUUUGCGUGAGCACAACUUACAGGAUUUGAGCAAAGAUCAACUUCGUGUACUGUUGCUACAGAAUGACAGCUCCCUGUUGCCCAAUGUCUGUGUCUCAUACAACAAAGGCAGUGGUGAGUUUGGGAACUGUCCUGAUAAGGAGGCCUGUAUUCGUCUCCACGUCUGUGAGAAGUACAUCAGAGGACUGUGUGACGGCAGCAGUGAGUGCAACAGGUGCCAUGAUUUCUAUGAGCCUCAUCCAAUGAAAACACUGCAGGCCAGAGGAGUAGGCAGUCAGCUGAUAGGAUCUCUUUUGCUGAUCUAUCGGAAUAUUCUGACACUAAAGGACCACAGAAAUGCUCAGGAUAAACCUGGUGCGAGAAGCAAGGAGAACCCUAAGUUCAGCAACAGAACCAGAGUGCCCGAGUCCUUACAGAGGAAUGCAGUUACAGGAAAUGUGAUUUGCCUGUCGUUUAUCAGAGGAAACUGCAAAUAUGGAGAUAAAUGCUGGAGAGUCCAUUUUGGCGCUCCCUAUAAGUGGGAGGUGGAAGUGGAUGAGGUUUGGAUAGACUUACCUGACAAUGAAGUGAUAGAAAGAGACUACUGCGAUCCAGCCAAGAUCCACAGUGUGGGCAGUGAGCCUGUGUGUUUUGACACAAUGAUGCAGGGAGUUCACAGGGUGCGGCGUCUCUCUACGGUGUCUUCAGUGAUUGAACCCACCUUCAGCCACACUACAAAGUGGAUCUGGUACUGGGAGAAUGAGUAUAAUAACUGGAUCGAGUACGGAUCAAUUAAGGAGAUGCAUAGGCUGUCCUCCAUCACCAGUGAGGAACUGGAGAAAAAAUAUCUCCAAUUCCAGCAAGACAACACCCAUGAUGUGGUUAAAUUUGCCGCUGGUAAACAGUUUUAUGAGCUGAAUUUCAGAGAUAUGAAGCAGAGGAAUGAAAUAAGUAGCACAGAGAGAGCAAUUAGACGGCGGCCGUUGUUUGUUUCUCUCUUUAAUGUCCGGACUGCUAGAACCAGCAGAAGAGGUCCAACCUCCAGCUCUCACACAGGUGUCCCAGGCUUUUGGGAUAAAACUGCAGUUCCUGAAUCUGGAUUUCAGCGAGUCUUACUUAACGCGUCUCACAAGGACUAUGUCAGAGUACAGGAACAUUUCAGCAAGACUAUGAAGGACUUUAGAAUCCUGACCAUCGAACGAGUCCAGAACAAGGAAUUAUGGGAGGAUUUUCAGACGAAAAGAGAGCGAAUGAAAAAAGCAAACAGCCACAAGAAAUACGGCGAGGCAGAGCGAUUGUUAUUCCACGGCACCAACAUCAGGAAUGUUGACGCUAUAUGUCGCCAGAACUUUGACAUGAGAGUAUCUGGAGCUAACGCAACAGUGUACGGGCAAGGAAGUUACUUUGCCAGGGAUGCAAAGUAUUCCCAUGAUUACACAGAUCACUAUGCUGAAAGAUCCAUGUUUGCAUGCAGAGUGUUGGUUGGACAGUACACUAAAGGAGAGUCCCAUUACCGCAGACCUCCAGCCAGAGAUGCGGCAGGAAAUCUUUACGACAGCUGUGUAAAUAACGUACGCGAGCCCACUAUUUAUGUAGUGUUUGAACGGUCCCAGGUUUACCCAGAAUUUCUGAUUACAUAUGAGAAAUCCAGGUUCCCUGAAGAUAUCAACAUUAUUCAAUCUAAUCGCACAGCAAAUGUCAGCAAAUGUUCAGCUAUUUUUGAUGAUGCUUUAGAUGUGAGCCAAACUGCAAGUGUGAUCAGCACAAGCUCACCUCACAAGGCAAACAAUAUCGCCUCAGGUUCAACUAGCACAGGAGAGACAUUAGCCUCUGCAAGCAUCCCCACAAUGAGAAAACCUCUUUCUGCUGCUUUGGAUGCACCAGUAACUCCAGCUAAAGAUGUCUCUUCAGACUCUGAGACAGAUGAUACAAAAAGUCUAGAUGUAGUCCUUGCGGCUACGAAACGUGAGCUACCUGUUCAUUCACAGUCGACUCCAGGUUUAACUUCACUCAGCAGGUUGCUGAAAGUGUCAGAUCAGGGCUUGGGUACAUCUGUUACAAAUCCAGUUUUCUCCAAUUCAGAUAAUCUGCUAAUCGCUGCUAAAUCUAGCCUAACAGAUAACAGUAUUCAGUCUGGGAUUACCAAAAACCAACAAGAGACUAUGCCAGUUUGCAUCUCUCCCUCUGAUGGUUCCUUGUCAGGAUCCUUAGUUUCCUUUCAUGAAACCCACUCUUCUGAAAAUGCCAGCCAACGGUUUGAUGUCUUUGAUGACGUAUGUAAUGUGAGCCAGACAGCAAGUGUGGUUAGCACAAGUUCACCUCAUAAGGCAUACAUCACUACUUCUGGUUCAAAUAGUACAGGAGAGGAAUUCCUCACUUCAAAGCCGGCUCAGGGUUUAACUUCACUGAGCUACACUGGGUUGCCAAGAAAAUCAGCUCAAGACUUGGCUACAUCUGUGAAAAUUCCAGUUUCCUCCCAUUCAGAUAAUCAGCUGCUGAUCUCUGGUAAGCCUAGCUUAACAGAUAGAAGUGUACACUCUAAGCUUAGACCAAACCCAGACUUAGUCACUACACAAAGAUCUCAGAGCUCACAGCAAGAUUCACCUGCAGCUCACAGAGAAGUGGUGACCAACUUUUCGCAUCCACUUUUAACUAUACCAAGUUCUACAGUCAGGGCUAGAACUCUCAGCUCUGAUGCCUCUCCUGCCAGCAGUCCUUCCUCAAAAGAAAGCAAAAUCUCAGUGACGUACAAAACCAAUUCCUCUUCAGCAGAUAAGCUGUCUCUCUCUGAUGGCUCCGUGUCAAGUUCUUUAGUUUCCUUUCAUGAAAUUCUGCCUUCUGCUGUCUCCAGCAUACAAACUUCUCCAAAAAGCACAAGCUCUCAACGAGCAUCACAUCAGAAGGUUAGCUUAGAAACUACCAGAAAAACGCAGAAGAAAGAUUGUGUGGUGCAGCUUCUACUGCACAUUAAGAUCCACCUGCAGCACAACAGAUCUGAUGGUCAAAUGGAGCUUGAGGAUAUAUGUGAUGACGUAGCUCACCUAGAUUUAAACGAGAUAGAAAGUGAAACAGGUACAUGUGUGGUGAUUGAUGAGGAAAAUGAAAUGCAAGUUGUUAAAACCAAGAUGAGAUUAUGUAGGAUUAAAGACUGUGAAGGCUGCAGCAACCUUCACCUGUGCAAACUGUACCUGUUUGGAGAGUGCCCAUACAACACCAAAAGAGAGGAAUGCCAGUUCAGCCAUGACCUCUAUUCAGAGCACAACAUCGGCGUGUUGUGCCAACACAAACUGCUGGAACUGGACUUCAGUGAGCUGUCCCUUACACUUCUGCAAAAUGACACCACCUUAUUGCCUUCAGUGUGUUUGGCAUACAACGAGGGCAGUGGUGAGUUUGGGAACUGUCUUGAGGCGGAGACCUGUAAAAAUCUCCAUGUCUGUGAGAACUACAUCAGAGGAAUAUGUGACGGCAGCACUGGAUGCAACAGAUGCCAUGAUUUAUAUGAACCUCAUCCAUUGAAAACACUGCAGGACAACGGAGUGCCCAAUCAGCUGAUGGACAAUUUAUUAUCAGUCUAUAAGAGCAUGCUUACCAUUGCACAUGCAGACAGACCCAGCAUUGACUGCAGUGCCAUAGCACCAGAGAAAUGGUGGAUAUGUCUUUUCCACUUCCAAGAUUCCUGCAAUUUGGAAGACGCAUGUGAAAAUGUGCAUUUCUGUUUGCCCUAUAAAUGGGAGCAGUGGGAUGGGCACAGCUGGAAAGUUCUGCCUGAUAACGAGGAAAUAGAAAGAGCGUACUGUGAUCCCACUAAGACACACAGUGACAGCAGUGUACCUGUACACUUUGACACAAUGACUCAGGGUUCUGUAGAGGUCCGUCGUCUCUCCACUAUUUCAUCAGUUCUGGAUCCCAGCUUUGCCCUCACUACAAAAUGGAUCUGGUACUGGGAGGAUGAAAAUGGGGACUGGAUCCAGUAUGGAUCAUCACAAGGGACACACAAUACAUGUUCCAUCACCAGUGAGUUCCUGGAGUGUAAAUACCAAGAAAACAGGAGUCCUAUCAUCAAAUUCACUACAGAUGAACACUCUUAUGUGGUCAAUGUGGAAGACAUGAUUCAGUACAACACACAAAUUAGCACCGAAAUGCGAGUAAGGAGGAGACCCAUGUUUCUCUCAGCAGAAGAUGUCCAAAACAUCAUAACAAGAGAAAUGGAAUUGAAGGAUCAUUUGCAAAAUCCCCAAGCUUUGCCUUGUGACUCGGAUAAGGCCAAUAUGUCUGUAACUGGAUUCAAGAAGGUUCUCCUGGACAGCAAUACCGAUGAAUAUAAGAAGAUCGCUGAGUGCUUUUAUCAGACAAUGUCAGAGUUUAUGGUGAAGAGCAUUGAGAAGGUGCUGAAUGAGGACUUAUGGGAAGUUUAUCAAAGGCAUGUCAGUGUGAUGAAGCAGAAAAAUGUAGGCAAGGAGAAUGAAACACUCCUGUUUCAUGGCACUGAGUCCAAACACAUUGAUGCCAUCUGCCAGCAGAACAUGGACUGGAGAAUUUGUGAAGCACAUGAGACAGCAUAUGGUAAAGGUAGUUAUUUCACCAGAGAUGCCAAAUCCUCCCACAGCUACACUGACCAGUCUGGAACGCAGUGUAUGUUCCUUUGCCGGGUAUUCAUAGGAGAGUAUACCAACGGGCAUCCCAGCUAUAUCCACGCUCCUCUGAAAGAUGUGGAAAAUGGCAUCUACUAUGACAGCUGUGUAAACGAUAUCAACAACCCGUCCAUAUUUGUUGUGUUUGAGAAACGUCAGGUGUACCCCGAGUACCUAAUUCAGUAUGAACAAAGAACAGGGAACAGUCCGCAACAUGUCUCUUUUAAUCAGUUCUCUUCAAGCAGUCAGGCUAGUUUCAGUGAUCCAUGUGUAUCCAGUCAAUGUUCUCCCCACUAUUUCUUGCCACAUUUUACUCCUGUGGUGCAUUCCCCCUACUUUGCUCACUCAAAGAAAAAAUACUUCCAAGGGGGUGCACCCCGGUUACCAUUUCCUCUCCAUUAUAAGCCUUCCUUAGUCAGAAAUUUUAGAAUUAGCAAUCCUACAAGGCCACCAAAACGACAAAGUUCACAUAGAGGAUUUGGGUCAACGCAUUUGCCAGAAAACAUUUUAGCUCAUGCCAGGACCUCAGCAUCAGUUAGAAAGGACACUGCAAAACAACUGGUUUCAAACUCAGUCAGGUCAGCUAAUGAGUCGCGUCCAAUGCCUUUGCCUACAACAUUAUCGACUGUUACUAAGGAAUCAAAAUCAGUUAAAACUCAGGAUGGCAGACAACAAACAUCAAAUCCAACCAGACCAUCUGGUCGAUUAAGUCCAGUGAAUUCUUCAGCAAGUGUUUCGUCUGAUACCAAAACCACAAAGUCAGUUAAAGCUCCGAAUGGCAAACACCAGGGCUCAAAUUCAACCAAAUCAAAUAGUGGAUUAAGUCCAGGGACUACUUCCCUGUAUGUAUCAGUCAGGUUGAGCACAUCAACUCAUACUGAUGCUUCAAAGUCAGUUACAAUUGAAAAUGCCAGCGGAAAAAGAGUUUCUAGUCUCAGUACGGAAAGCACUAAACCUGCAGGUAAGAGCUCCAGAAGUUCUGAUACACAAAGCAAAAAACCUGCAGGUAAAAGCUCCAAGAGCUCUUAUACACAAAGUACUACAUCUGCAGGUAAAAGCUCCAGAAGCUCUGAUACACAAAGUACAAAACCUGCAGGUAAAAGCUCCAAGAGCUCUUAUACACAAAGUACUACAUCUGCAGGUAAAAGCUCCAGAAGCUCUGAUACACAAAGUACAAAACCUGCAGGUAAAAGCUCCAAGAGCUCUGCUUCACAAAGCACUACAUCUGCAGGUAAAAGCUCUAAGAGCUCUGCUUCACAAAGCACUACAUCUGCAGGUAAAAGCUCUAAGAGCUCUGCUUCACAAAGCACUAAACCUGCAGGAAAAAGCUUCAGAAGCUCUACAGGAAGGCAUUAGUGCUUGUUAGUGUAGAAGCCUUCAACUAUCUUAAAAUGGUAGCUGUAUUUCAGGGUAUUCGUAUGAUACAGCCAUUGCAUUAUUGAAUGAUAAAAUGAAAUGUAAGCAAAACUGAUCUUUGAGGUAAAUCUUUCAUCACAUUUCUAUUCCUCAUUGUAAUCAUUUGAUUUGUUGGAAGAAAGUGACUGAUUUGCUGUUCAGCUGUGCAACAAGCUUUUCUUUCUUCUAGUUUGUACAGUAUUCCCAACUGGCCCUCGUGGAGAAUUUGACCUGGAAACAAAUAACAUUGUGAUUAGUAUUGGUUUAUAUCAAUAAAUGAGGCAAACAGCUAAUUGUAUUCUAUAAUAAUAAUAAUAAUAAUAAUAAUAAUAAUAGUUUUAUAAACUAUUAAAACCUUUCCACAGUCAAAAUAUGCAAAGAUGUGGUGAAGAAGGCAUGUUGUUGGGACCCAUUUCCAUUUCCUUUUCCCAUUCCAUAAAGAACACCUAAGCAAAAUAUUUUUAUUAUGGCAUAUUGUAGACAUUUAGGCAGUCAAAUAAUUUUCAGAUUAAGGAAAACCACUUGAAAUCAGCUCAAUCUGAUGAGAUAUGCAUACGAACCUACAUGGGCAAUCGGGUUGGAUUUUGAAUUCAUACUGUAUGAAUGAAGUCAUAAAAAAAACAGAAACCUGAUGCUAAUCCUAACAUUAACAUUUCUAACCUUUCAUACAAAGCUGUGUAAAUUGUUACAUCUCAUGUAUGUGUGAUAUUAUUAAACACCUUAAGGAUUUUUAUAA